CACAGCAAUGAAAUACAAUGUGCCUUGGCACUCUCUCAGCACCAGUCAAUCAAUGAAUAAAUAACAAUUAAAACAUCCAACAACAAAAAAACGUUUGCAGUCGUGAGAACGUGCUUUUAAUAUGAAAACCCCAGCUCGACCGGUAGCGGAAGUGUUGCUGUAGUUGCUGUAAACUUGAAGUUGCCGGUCAACAGAAGGUCGGGCAACAACAACAACAACAACAACAACAACAACAAGAGUCAGCAGUUAGCAGAAAGUUAAACAGUCGGAACCGGUAACCGCGGGCGGGAAACUCACGACUUCCGGUCGCAGUUUGAACUGUUUAACUCCGGAGCUAAUGCUAACAGGCUAACACUAACGUUAGGUCUGUUCCCGCUGUUAGCUGUUAGCAUUAGCUGUUAGCAUGCAGUGUGCUAACCUUCUGAAGAAGAGACGGUUGGAAACGGAAGUGGAGCCGUGGAGCUGCAGAGCGGUCAGUGUAAGCGACUGUGUUUGGAGGCGGAGCUCCGGUCUGCUGACUGUCCAAUGGAAACGUCCCACACUUUACCUGCGUCCAAUCAGCAGCAAGAACAGCAGGUGGGUGUGGUCCGGUCCAGACCUCCUCUCUGCUGUCCCAGAUGUCUGGGAGGAGAACCAGGUCACAUCAACCACAUCACGGGCCACUGAGGAGCUGAUCCACUCCACUGAUGCAGGAGGAGCAGGAGGAGGGAGGAGGAGGAGGAGGAGGAGGAAGAAGAACAAGAAGAACAGGAGGAGGAGGAGGAGGAGCAGGAGGAAGAGGAGGAGCAGGAGGAGGAGGAAGAGGAGCAGGAGGAGGAGGAGGAGGAAGAAGAACAAGAAGAACAGGAGGAGGAGGAGGCGGCGACCUCCUGACCCCUUCAGGAACCGUCUCACAGCGUCUCCCCGUCACUCCUGCUGGAUGAUGUCAUCAUGACCUCACCCACUAUAAGGACCAAUCAGGUGCUUUCCUUCUCAGAUUUUACCUACACGAUUAUUCUGACAUUCCCGUCCCCUCAGUCGUCAUGGAGACGGUUGGUGCUCUUCACUGAUCCAUUUGAUGAAAUUCAGAAACCACCAAAUUCACUUUAUUGAUUUUCCAGCUCAACACUCAGACGUCCACGUGUCCUCGAACACACCAUCAGUUUUAAGCCCCGCCCCCUCCUCCUCCUCCUCCAGUCUCAUUGGUUCACACGUUCUGUCCCAUGAAAGGUGAGGCAGGUGAAUCGUCCCACAGGCAGUGAACUCCCCAGUUUAACAUUAGUGUGUAGUAACUAAUCAAUAAUCAAUGACUGUCAGUGAUUUGACCUUUGACCUCCAGGCUGCCUCUGAUCUCGUGAGGCGUUCGCUGUCGUUAACAGCGGACAUUAAAGGGCUCUUACACUCAACGUCCGUGUUAGCAACACCGCUAAUAAGCUACCUGGGCUCUCCGUCCAAUCACAGCGCAGCUCUGUCAGGACGGCUUCUUAUUGGUCGACGGGGGCAGAGUUCCCCAGAGUCGAACUGAUCGCAGAUGAACUUUAUUGAUCAGCUGAUUUAUUGUUAACUCCAAAUAUCAAUACGAGUAUUGAUCGGACUGAGCAGCUAAGACUGAAAAUUUAAGGUGGUAUUAUUCGUCUAAUGUGUUCUACCUUAAAAAGGGUGAUUAAUGGAAUCAUUGAUUCAUUAAUUGAAGGGAAAUAAGUGGAACUUCCUGUUUGUAUAUUUCUAUUUUUAUAUUUUGACCUUUUGUAUCAAUCAAUCAAUCAAUCAAUCCGACUGAAUGUAAAGCAGCUCUAUUUUUGAUGACAUCACUUCCUGCUCUGACCAAUCAGAGUGCAGCAUUUGUACCGUCGACCGAUUUCAAAAUAAAAGCUUUGACUGAGAA